AUGGCUAUUAUUGAAGGGUGGCUACCACCCACACGGGAAAACUACAAUACCAUCCUUACUGUUUGGCAGAUCGCUUAUCCGGUGAUUGGUUCAAUGCAAUGGCUUACCAAGUGGUAUGGCAUGGGCAAAACUUCAGUCUCCAGUCGUCUUAACCUGCCAGGCCGCAUAGGCUGGUUGACUAUGGAGGCCCCGGGUGCCUUGACACUGAUGUACCUGAUGAAAGUUCUUCCUGAACAACAUGGAAUCGACGAUCUGCCAUGGCAGAACAAGGUCCUUGCGGGUUUGUUUGUGAUUCACUACUCUUACCGCGCGGUCAUGUUCCCCUUUCUCCAGCCGUCCAUGUCGCCCUUGCACAUUGCGGUGUGGUCAUUAGCUUUCAGUUUUCAGAUGUUUAACGCGACAUGCUUGGGGUCAUGGCUUGCAGCUUACGGACCUGUCACUGAAGCAGAGUGGUCAUCGCAGUCAUCCAUUCUGCAGUUCUCGGCAGGCAUUCUAAUAUUCUAUCUUGGCCUGUCUGGAAACUUUUUUCACGAUGAAGAGCUCCGUGAUAUCCGGCGCCGGGAGAUGCAGCGGCAGGAGCGCAUCAAGCUGGAGCAGAACGGCAAUGGAAACCAGUAUAGCAAGGGAGCGGAGAAGCAUUACCAGAUUCCGCAGGCGGGCCUGUUCCGGUACGUGCUGUUUCCACACUACCUGUGCGAGUGGGUAGAGUGGGCUGGGUUCUGGAUGGCAGCGGGUUGGGGAUGCGGGCCUGCGAGGGCGUUUCUCGUGAACGAGCUGUUUUCAAUGUUCCCUCGGGCAGUGAGGGGAAAGAGAUGGUACGUGGAGAGGUUUGGAGAGGACAAGGUUGGGAAGAAGUGGGCAGUUAUCCCGGGAGUUUGGUGA